GCGAUGGUUGCUUUGUGGCAAGCAACAUUGCUCUGGCUGCUGUUGCUGCUGCUGCCGCUGCGGCAGGCGAGUUAUAUACUGGAGCUGCGAAAAGUGUUGCUGCAGCAAUUGAAUGGGAGCAGCGCAGAGUUCGAGGCCUGGAGUGGACGACUAAGUGAGCAGCUUAGCUUGGAGCAGCAGCAGCGCUUGGCGUGGAAUGUCAAUUUUCUGCAGACGCCGCAAAGCGUGCAGCAAUUGCAGCAGUUGCAGCAACAGCUAAGUCCAAGUGCAAGUGCCCAUAAUACGCUUAGACUGUUGCUCUGGUUGCGUUUCUAUUGGCAGCUGCAACGCUCCAGUGCGCAGCAGCAGCAGCAGCUUAAAGUGUUGCUGCCACAAUUUGCGCUAACGCUGCGCGCGCAACUUGAGCAGCGUUCGCCUAAGCUACGCGCGCAGCUACAAAAUAUGUUGCAGAGCUUGCCGCACACGCUGGCAACAUUAGCCAGCAGUCGCUAUUUGUGCUUGCAACAUGCGCGUGAGUUGUUGUACGCCGAGCCAGCGGGCGUGCUGCAGCUGGGCGCCAACAGCAACUGCAGCAUGUGGCAGUUGCAUGCAACAGCAACGCAUUGGCUGCGCUUGCAAAACGUUUGCGUAUUGCCAGCAACUUGGUAUGUCAACAUGCAGCUUAGCAACAUGUUGCUAACAGCGCCCAGCAACAAUGCAAGCAAAUAUUGCGUGCAAGACGCUCAAGCAUAUUUUGAGCAGCAGCAGCAGCUUAAAAGCGAUGAUUGCAAUUGGCGCUUUACUGAUUGCACGCACUUGCAGCGCAUUUUAAACUUAGUUUAAUUAAAUUAAAAUAAAUGUUUAACUUACCA